AUGGAAAGGAACCGCGUGGUUCAGAGUGAAAUGAUGGCCAACAGGACCAGAAGGUGGACAGGCGGGAGCCCCAUCAACCGCACCUUCCUCCCUUACUACCAGCACACGCCAGCCGUUGCUGCGGUCUUCAUCACCGCCUACCUGGUGGUCUUCCUCUCGUGCCUGGCUGGAAACGCCUUGGUCUGCCUGGUGGUGGUGAAGAACCCACGCAUGCGGACGGUGACCAACCUCUUCAUCCUCAACCUGGCCAUCAGUGACCUGUUGGUGGGCAUCUUCUGUGUUCCCACCACGCUGAUGGACAACCUGAUUACAGGAUGGCCGUUCAAUCAAGUGGUCUGUACCGUGAGCGGUCUGGUGCAAGGGACGUCUGUUUCUGCCUCUGUCUUCACCCUUGUGGCAAUAGCCAUGGACAGGUUCCAUUGCAUCGUCCUGCCGUUCGGAGAGAGGCUCAGCCUUCUGAAGGCCACAGUUAUCAUUAUCAUGGUGUGGCUCCUGGCCGUAGCCAUCAUGUGCCCUUCGGCCAUCAUGCUCACAGUGAGCCACAUGGAGGACCACUACAUGGUGCUCAGUGAUGGCAAGAAUACCACCUACCCACUCUACGCUUGCUAUGAAGCCUGGUCAGAUAACAACAUGAGGAAGCUCUACACCACCAUCCUCUUCGUCCACAUUUACCUGGUGCCCUUGACGCUCAUCCUAUGCAUGUACGGAAGAGUCUGUUUGAAACUCUGCAGUUCCACAAUGCCUGUGAGCGAGAACCUUCCUUGUGGGGGCAGAUGCAAGGCCACCAGCAGGAAGAGGAUCAAGGUGGUCAAGAUGCUCAUCUUGGUCGCCCUCCUCUUCAUGAUCUCCUGGUUACCUCUGUGGACUCUGAUGCUGCUGGUGGACUACACCAAUCUGACCGACCAUCAUUUGGACUUGUUGACCAGCUACUUCUUCCCUUUUGCCCACUGGCUAGCUUUCUCCAACAGCAGCAUCAACCCCGUCAUUUAUGGCUACUACAACGAGAACUUCCGGAGGGGCUUCCAGGCUGCCUUCAAGUUCCAGCUGUGUUCCCAAGAGCUACAUCGGCAGGAUACUUACUCUGAGCAGUCAAGGGGUCCCAUCAGCUUUGGGAUGUGCAACAAAGUCUUUGCACAGGCCAGCUCUUCAAAUUCCACAGCUUCCCAGCACAUACAGAACAGUGCUCCUCUCUUCUCUCGAGGUGGCCAACCCAAGGGCCCUGGCCUUGGCUUGGAAGACAUGGAUAAGAUUAUGACCUCUCAUGGAGCCAGCCAAGCUUGGGAGCAGACGGAUCCAUAA